CUCGCCCGUGAGCAGUCAGCUGUGGGAGGAAAAGAACAUGAUGAGCCUCCACAGUGCAAGGCAGGACAAGAUAUUGUGCUGCAGUCACCUGUCGACUGGGUGCUUCUGGAUGGCCGAGAAAGUUCAGAUGACCAUGGAAUUGUGCAGUAUGAGUGGACUUUGCUGCAAGGUGACUCAUCUAUUGAAAUGAAGGUACCACAACCAGGAACACUGAAGCUGUCUCACUUUCAGGAAGGUGUAUAUAUUUUCCAGCUAACUGUGGCGGACACUGCUGGACAGCAGAGCUCUGAUAAUGUCUCUGUGACCGUUCUUCCCAUGGUUCAUUCUGCAGUAGCGUGUGUUGGGGUUUGCUCUCGCUACCAGUUUAUCUGUGAUGAUGGCUGCUGCAUUGACAUCACAUUUGCUUGUGAUGGAGUGAAACAGUGCCCUGAUGGAUCUGAUGAAACUUUCUGCCAGAACCUCAGCCCAGGCCGGAAGACAGUGACUCAUGCAGCUCUUGGAACUACCCAGCAAAGGACUGUAGGACUGACUGAAAAUGCACAUGAAAACUUUUCUGCAGACAACACCCUGAAAACCACUGUAAGAAAUGAACUGUUUCUUUCACUGGCUGCAGACAUGUCUAACCAAUCGCUUUCUCAGGGACCAAAGAAACAAAGCAGUGGAUUUGUGCCAGAUAACACUUCCUCAGGGAAAAGAACAGAUGAUAAAAAUGGAAAUGGCAUAACUGUGCCAAAGAGAGAUCAGCUUGAAGGUAGUCGUCCAGCCCCAGAAACAGGUGCUGUAUUACCCUUGGCCUUAGGCUUGGCCAUCACUGCUUUACUGCUGCUUAUGGUUGCUUGCAGACUGCGUUUAGUGAGACAGAAGCUUAAAAAAGCUCGACCCAUUACAUCCGAAGAGUCUGAUUACCUCAUCAAUGGGAUGUAUCUCUGAAAAUUGGAUUCAGGUUGCUUGUUUUCUCCCCUUUCUCCUGUAUCCAUAAACCUCUGCCUCUAAAAAAGGACCAAAAUCUUUAGUUAAGUUUCAAAUUUAGAAGCCUACAAGAUAAGAAACAUGGUCUUCCCCUUUGGUGAUACAGUAAAAAUGUGGGUAGGUGCACGCAGUCAGAAAAUAAGCAGUGUUCGGGCAACAGGGAGCAGCUCCAGUUGACUCCAUGUAGCAAACACGGCAAGGUGGAGAAACCCCCCUGGAUGGGGGGUGCCUGAGCCCUCCCACAGAGCUUAGGGCCCAGGCGGCCGCAGCGCACCCAAGGGCUUGGGGGCCGGAGCAGCCAGGCCCACCAGCACCAAGUCACACUGUCAGAGCUGCAGAGGGAAGCCAGUCGGCACCCUGCCCUGCUCCUCUCAGUGCUGCCAACCUGCGCUCCGCUCUGCCUAUGGGGACGCUCUAGAGAAACACGUUACUUUACUGUCCAGCAAAGACUGAUUUGUGUCAGUUCCACGUGACACACUGGGAAUACUUUCAUUAAAGGGGUUUGUUUUGCUUUUUUAAUCAAAAGCAAUCACUAUUCAAGCACCAGCUUUUGUAACAACAUUUGGGAUUUAAGAAACAAAACAGAACAUCUUUUUUCAUUCUUAGUUUAAACCUCUGUGCAGCUAACAGAGUCGCACAUGCUAAAUGCUAAAAUGAAAAAUACACGUACUCAAAAGAUGGGUGUGGACUUACCCAGUGCCAACAGCAGUCAUGUCUGAUUCUAGAGCUAUGCCUGUCCCCAGAUCUCAUGGCUUUUUCAGCACUUUCCAUCCCUAGCUCAACACAUUCCAUGUUGUGAAAGAGCAGCAGGCAGUGCCUUUUAUCUGAGGGACUGGACAAAGCCUUGGUAGCAGAGACAGGAUUUGUUCUGUUGGAGAUAAAAAGAACGAAGUUAGCAUUAGCCAAUCUGAUGCAGUCAGUGCGACUGCUGCUUCUGCCACCACAGGUUGGGUACUCAGGACUACACGCUCGUGCAGUGUGUUUAAAGCCCUGUCCUGCUUUCCCAGGAGUUCAGGAUUCUUGCUGGUUAAACCUUAGCUCCCUGCAAAGCUUGAAAGCUUCAGCAACUUGCUCUCCCACCCCAGUAAAAUUCUCAUAGAAUUAUAGCAAGUAAUUGAUAUGUGUGAGUGAAUUUCAGAUGUGUUAAUAGUAAAAUGUAUACAGUACAUGUUAUAUAUACAUAUUAUAUAUAUACCCACCUUGCUGUCUAUAUGUUGUUUGACUGUCCAAGGAUGUCACAUUCAUCAAGGGUCCCAGUAGAAAAAAAAAAAAAAAAA